UAAAGGCUUAUUCGUAUGCAUAAUUCUAACACUGUAACAUAAGAUCGUGGAUUAAGCACAAAUAGAGUGAGCGUUGGACAGGGAAGUUGUGAGCUUGUUUCUGCAGCUCUGACAACUUUAGAAACAGAUUGACAACACGAGAUAAAAAUGGCGACCAAAAAGCCAGAUUACCAGGGCGGGAAAGCCUAUGGUGAACGUAUGGAGAUGUUAAGCAAGAAACUAUCCGACAUUAAUGAGGACUUUCUGAAUGACAAGGAUUAUUCAGAGGUUGAAGAUUUGGCGGAGAAGUUAACACAAUAUAAAGAAAAAUUUUUGGAGUUCGAUUUGGAUCAAAACCUCGAAAUUGGUAUGAUGGCUAUGAAGCGUAUGAUGGAGAAGCUUGGACAAGCCAAGACACAUCUAGAGAUCCAGAAAAUGAUCAAAGAAGUAGAUACUACAGGGUCAGAGACUAUCAACUAUCGCGAGUUUGUCCUCAUGAUGCUAGGCGGCAAAAGCACGAUCUUAAAACUGAUUUUAUUUUUUGAAAAUAUCGGCCGCGCGGAGGAGACAAAAACAGGAGUUCCACCGAAACGCUCCCUAGACAGUCUGCCCUGAGGAAAUAUGUGAAAUAGAAACUGUACAUUGUCAAUUAUUUUAUAAAUGUUAGCUCUAUAGAGAGAUAUUUGUCUGUUCUGUGCAUGCAUGAUGGAAAAUGACCAUCAAACAAUGAAUGAAAGUUUCAAUGAAAUCCUGUUCAUUUUAGUAGGACUGAUUCUUGUCAUAUUUGUAUUGGACGUUUUAACAAAUUCCUCGAGUUCACAAAAUAAUUUAAAGUACAAUGUAUAUGAUGUUUGUAAAAUAGUAGUAUGAGAAAUAAUAAAUUUUGGUUUUGAC